AGCUGCGUGACACCUACUUGUUAUUGCAAAGUAGCUCGUAACUUGAUAAGAUAAGCGUUUAUUGCUCCUCAGGGAGGGAUGUUCACACUUUACAGCUGCGUAAACACAGGAUACGAGAAAGAAACAUAUAAAUGUAACAAACAGAACAAUUCAUUCAAGAUCACGUAAAAAUAAGAGCAUCUCAUUUCCGUCUACAUUUAUAUUCACAACAAAUAUCAACUGAUCAAGGCUCAUUUGCAGAGGUUCCCUGACGUUUACAAACACCUGUACAGUCCAUACGUACAGCCUCCUACACAGGCAUAUAAACAUUAAUAAUAAACAGGAUGAGCGUGGAAUAUGUGAGCAUUUAAAGGAAGUAAAUGGCCCACAGCCUUGGAUGGACUCUAAGAAAAGUGGCCCCUGGGCAAAGACCAGCGACGGACCGACAACCUGUUUAGAAACCGAAUGAUAACACAGCGGGAGCGUGGGAGAUUUGUGAUCACCAGCGGUUUAUUUGCUCGGCGGGCUUGUUUGCGAUGAAGUCCCCCCUGGAACCCCCCCUCCGGUCAGAACCGCAGUGUCGGAGCGUGUGGUAGCGGCUGUCAUCCUGCCUGGACGCCCGGUUUUUGGGGGAGAAGUUGGCAAAGGGAUGCGACUGCGAUGAUGGCGCUGCAGCUGAAGAACGGGGAUGCAGCGUACUACCAGAGUGCCGGCUACUGCAGGAACUACACGUCGCCGCCUGUCAGCUACGGUGACAGCAGCCAUUAUCUCGCCCGAGUGCCAGGCCCAGGGACCAUGUUGAAGCCACCUCUGGGUCUGUUCAGCCAUCCCCAGCAGCCUUUCCAGCACAUGGACCCUUUGCACCAGCUGGGACCUCCACCCAUGGCGCCCACGCAGCCUCUCGGCCCACCGCCCCUCGCCCCUGCUCAGGCAAUCGUGCCGCCCACUCUAGGACCCCCUCCCAUAACUGCAGCUCACGCGCUGAGGCCCCCCCCCCUCACACCCCCGCACACGCUGGGUCCCCCUCCGAUGGUCUCGCCUCAGCCACUGGGCCCUCCUCCCAUGGCACACACCCUGGGUCCUCCACCAGUAGAUCACACACAAGCGGUAGUGCCUCCACCGAUUGACCUCACACAACCGUUGGGGCCCCCGCCCCAAACACUGGUUCCCCCACCGUUAGCGGCGCCUGCCGUCGGCCGAUUCCCGCUGCCCCCCGGUCGACUGGCCUCCCCUCCGGCUCCCUGCCCGGACCCUUCGCAGCUGCUUCAAAGACCCCCGGGUCCUGGGCUCAUGCCUGGUCCGGCCCAGGCAGCCGCAGCCGGCGAGCGGCCUCAGGACGACAGCUCCCCGGGGGGGGCGGAGGAGCAGGAGGACUCUGUGGGGCUGGAGGAGCUGUGUAAACCGCUGUACUGCAAGCUCUGCAACGUGACGCUCAACUCUGCUCAGCAGGCGCAGGCGCACUACCAAGGGAAGAACCACAGCAAAAAGUUGAAGAACUUCUACGCCGGCAGCCAGCAGCCUCCAGCCAUCAGGAUGUGUGAGGUCCCAGAGGCCGGGCAGACAGCGCCCGGCGCAGGAGGCGGCGACGGGGACGCAGGCAGGCAGCCGCUGUACACGGGGGCGACCCGAGUCAUCUUGGCCACGGAGAAUGACUAUUGUAAGCUGUGUGACGCCUCCUUCAGCUCACUGGCCGUUGCACAGGCACAUUACCAGGGAAAGAACCACGCCAAGAAGCUACGGCUUGCUGAGGCCCAGCAGAACUGCAAUAACAUGGAUGGCAGCAUUGAGGCGGCGCUAAGAAGAAACAGGAAAGACGGCAGUGAGUACAGACUGGUCAAAAACCGCCGCAGCCCCCAGCUGCCUGCUUCUAUGCCAGGGCCGUACUACAACCCCAGGCCCAGGCAGCGCAUCCCCAGAGACCUGGCCAUGUGCGUCACCCCCAGCGGACAGUUCUACUGCUCCAUGUGCAACUGCGGAGCCGAGCACGAGACCGAGUUCCGGCAGCAUUUGGAGAGCAAGCAGCACAAAGCCAAGAUGUCUGAGCUGAGGUAUCGCCACGAGAUGGAGAACCUCGGCUACAGCUAAGAGCCAUGAGGGACGAGGGAACGAGACCAAAGUGCAGGGAAGCAAAUAGUGGUUAAUAGUGCAGUACAGAGAUGAGUAAAGAGAUUUAGCUGCAAUUCAUUUCAAGUCAAAUUGAAGCUAUGAGGAGAUCUGAUGGCUUCAUAUGAGUCUAGAAGCAGAACAGAAAACUGAAUUUUAAAAAAGUCUGCGUCGCUUCAUACCUGAGCCAUCAUCCUUUUAUCGAUGUACUUCCCUGCUCAAUUCAAAUGAAUUGCAAAGAAAUCUCGCCUGGUUUGAGUCUAAGGGAAAAGAGGGGAGGUGCAAUAACGCGACAGGAUGAAGACAUUGAGAUCGAACUAGUCUCUAGAUGUAAUCAUCACUGAGGAUGAAGGUGAAGUUGAAUUCUUUUGCUGGAAUCAGCCUUACCGUUAUUUUUACAGGCUUCGCAGCAGCAGAUUCAGGGACAACUUAACCCCUUUUUCACCCAAUCUAGUUUGAGAGCUGGUUCUGAGCCGGUGCCAAAAUUUAAACCAGUUCUAGUCUUUUCUCCGUCUGCAGCCAAAGACGUUGGGGCGAUAGAGACCCGUACAGCCAGAGAUGCGUUCAGGUACAACAGCAAAACAACUGAACGGUUCCGUAGUCGAACCGGCACCGCAGCAAAUUCCACAUCUUUACAAUCGACUACAGGUGAAAUCGAAUCCACAGUACGACACAACAAAGCACAACAGCAGCAGCUGGUUUCAGAGCUCCACAUCCACGAGCUCGGAGGAUGUGCUGCGUCGUCCGGCGUGACCGCAGCCCCGGUCUGUGCCUUCAGGGUGGAGACGCUAUAACACACGCUGAGCUUUGGCUUAACAUUGGGUGAACGGUAGCUAUGACUGCAGCGCUGAUUGUGUUUUUUUAUAUUCUGUGUUACCUAAUAAUCUUAAAAAUAAGGAACCCACAGAAAUGUAAAUAUCACCAACUUAUAAAACACU